AUGGAAGGGGACAACCUCACCCAAGUCUCUGAGUUCCUUUUCUUGGGCCUCUCAAAGGACCCCAAGCAGCAGCAGCUGCUGUUUAUACUCUUCCUGAGCAUGUACCUGCCCACAGGGCUGGGCAACCUGCUCAUCAUCCUGGCCAUCAUUACUGACACCCGACUCCACACCCCCAUGUACUUCUUCCUGGUCAACCUGGCCUUUGUGGACAUUUGCUUCACCUCCACCAUCAUCCCCAAGAUGCUGGACAACCAUGUCACAGGACACAAAGGGAUUGCUUAUGCUGGGUGCCUGACCCAAUUCUUCAUCUGUUUUAUCUGUAUCGACUGCUUCCUGCUGGUUGCCAUGGCUCAUGACCACUAUUCUGCCAUCUGUCACCCCCUGCACUAUGCCAUGUCUGUGACACCACUGGUCUGUAUCCUCCUGGUGACAGCAUCCUGGACUGCAGCCUUGGAGAAUGCCCUGACCCAACAGGUUUCUAAUUUCUUCUGUGACCUCAGCACUAUGCUGAAGCUGGCCUGCUCUGACACCUUUUUCAAUUAUGCAAUAGUGAACACCAUGGGUACACUGCCCCUAUUUUUCCCCUUUGUGGGCAUCCUGGUCUCCUACAUAUACAUCUUUGCUGCCGUGAUGAGGAUCCCAUCUACAAAAGGCAAGUGGAAAGAUUUUUCCACCUGUGGCUCUCAUGUCUCUGUGGUGUCCCUGAUCUAUGAGACACUCACUGGGGUUUAUUUCAACCCCACAUCCUCCCAGAAGGACACAGCUGCUGCAGUGAUGUACACCGUGGUCACCCCCCCUGCUGAACCCCUUCAUCUGUAG